AUGGGAAAUGGUACUUUUUAAUUUAUAUUUAAAAAGAUGCUUUGAGCUCCUGUACCAAAAAAUAAAAAUCCUCCUUAAUUUAAAGAGAAUCUAAUAUAACAAUAAGUAGACAGUUUAAUUAAACAAUAUGUUCAAUAUUAUAAGGAGAUAUAUUUGUAAGUGGAUUAAAUAUAAGUAUUAUAUUUGUCUAUUGUAGUCAAUUGUUCAUAUGAACCUGCAGAUUCAUUAAUUGUUAAACAGUAUUUUAUUUAAAAUGAUAUCUUUAGAGAUCAGAAUAUUAAAAAGAGUUAGAGGGAUGAGAUUAGAGCAAGUAUAUUCUAUGUUCAAUUUAGUGCAUGUUGGAGAUGUUUUAUUAACAGAAAGAUAGAAUCUAUUCCUACUUCAUGCUAAAUUACCGAUGUAUUCCGAGAUCAAAGAUUUAUAAAAAGUGUAUUCAACUUAUGAAAAAUGGUAUCUAUAUAUAUAAAUUCAAGUUUGGAGAUUGCAGAUGAAAAUAUUUUAUCAGAAAUUACUUUUACAGAAUAAAAUGCUUUAAAUUUUGCUAUUCCAAAAUAGUACAAUGCAGAAUGUUUAAUUAGAUGUAUAAUAAAUCAUAUUAGUUUAAAUCCUUAAACUAAUUUAAAAUAAAUUAAUUUUCUUAGUAAUGAUUAUACAACUGUAAAUAAAAUCAAAUAUUUGUUUUAGAUAAACAUAUUUAAAUUAGAAUUAGAUAAUAUAUUAGAAGAAAUGAAAGUGCCUAAUUUGGCAGAGAAAAAUAGAAAAACAUUUUUUGAAUUUUUAAAUUCAAAUAAUUGUGAAGAAGCUCCAUAUUUUCUAAGUACAGGCUUAACAACAAGUUUUGUCCAUCUAACUGAGAAAAUUUCUGAGUGA